AAAGAGAACUAAGGUCGGAGCAGCCUUUCUUCUGCACACAGCAGCUGCGAGUCACUUUCAGCGUCUUCAAGGACGGAAAAGCGAGAAACAGCAGGGCAUCUGUAGAAAACACGCCGGAUAUGGUAGCAAGACAGUUCGCUUACAAGAAUUUGUUUGGAGUUUCGCUGCAAGGUCAAAACCCUUUUGCGUUUGGUGUAAAUCGAGUGAGGUGUCUUUUUUUCGGUCUGUAAUAUAAGGAGGGGGAUGGAUGAGGCUGUGCUCUCUCUUGGGUCCCUAGACUCUGUCUUUGUGUCCAGUUCAGUGGAGCAAGGUGGCGGUAGAUGGAAACACCCUAGUGAAGACUUGGAGCGGAGUUCAAGUCCUUCAGUUCUUAGGUCCACGGCCUCAAAAUGGAAAGAAAGCCUGCUGAACCGCAAGAGGCCCUUCGUUGGAAGGUGCUGUCACUCUUGCAGUCCUCAGAGUCACGAAAAGCUUUUUAAUCCCGGCAUUCCCUCACUUGGCCUGCGCAAUGUCAUCUAUAUCAAUGAAACACAUACUAGGCACAGAGGCUGGUUGGCCAGACGACUGUGCUAUGUUCUGUUUGUUUUGGAGCGAGAUGUUCAAAAGGACAUGUUUGCCAGGAACGUGGUGGAGAAUGUGUUGAACAACAGCAGGGUCCAAAAGGCUACUGUAGACGUGGCAGAAGAAAACAGCCCAGGGGUGGAAUCCCAGCUAGAUCACAAGGCUGUUAGCAAAGUAAAGAGAAAGGCAAGAGAAAUCCUCCAGGAAAUGGUGGCCAACAUUUCACCUGCUUUUAUCAGGAUAACCGGCUGGGUGCUGUUGAAGUUGUUUAAUGGCUUCUUCUGGAGCAUUCAGAUACACAAGGGCCAGCUGGAGAUGGUGAAAAAAGCCGCGACCGAGCACAAUGUUCCAUUGGUCUUCCUACCAGUCCAUAAAUCUCAUAUAGACUACUUGCUGAUCACCUUCAUCCUCUUCUGUCAUAACAUCAAAGCACCGCACAUUGCUGCUGGGAACAACCUCAAUAUCCCUAUUUUCAGCACCUUGAUUCGCAAACUUGGCGGCUUCUUCAUACGCCGCAGGCUGGAUGAGACGCCUGGUGGAAAGAAAGAUGUCUUGUAUAGGUCACUUCUCUAUGUAUACACCGAGGAGCUGCUGAGGCAGCACCAGUUUCUGGAGAUUUUCCUGGAGGGCACUCGUUCCCGCAGUGGCAAAGCCUCCCCAGCCAGAGCAGGCCUCCUCUCCAUUGUUGUGGACAGCCUGUGCUCCGGGUCCAUCCCUGACGUUCUCAUUGUCCCUGUGGGGAUCUCCUAUGACCGAAUCAUCGAGGGAAACUACAACAGCGAACAGCUGGGAAAGCCUAAGAAGAAUGAGAGCCUGUGGGGAGUAGCGCAGGGCGUUUUCAGGAUGCUGCGCAAGAACUACGGCUGUGUUCGAGUGGACUUCACACAGCCCUUCUCAUUAAAAGAGUAUCUUGAUACUCAAAGAAGUCGACCGCUUCCUGCACCCCUGACCCUAGAGCAGAUCUUGGUUCCAACCAUCCUCUCAACACGUCCAAACCAGGUCCUGUUUGAUGAGGAGGAGGCUGAGCGGCAUAACCUCAGAGACCUGACGGAGGAACCUUGGAGACGACAAGUGAUUUCCAACUUGGCAAAGCAUGCCCUGUUCACUGCCAAUAAGUCAUCGGCUGUGAUGUCCACUCAUAUAGUCGCUUGUUUACUUUUGUACAGACACAGACAGGGAGUCUGCUUGUCGAAGCUGGUGGAGGACUUCUUUUCCAUGAAGGAGGAGGUUCUUGCUCGUGAUUUUGAUCUGGGCUUUUCAGGCAACUCUGAGGAUGUGGUCAUGCAUGCUUUGCACCUUUUUGGAAACUGUGUUAACAUCACCAGUGCCAGCCGCAACACUGAGUUCUUCAUCUCUCCCAGCACAGCUAUCCCUGCCUUAUUUGAACUAAACUUCUAUAGCAAUGGCUUGUUUCACGUUUUCAUUACUGAAGCCAUCAUUGCUUGCUGUCUCUUUGCUAUGCUGAGGGAAAAUACCACAGAAGUGGUACAGAGCACAUCAAAGAUACUGGUAAGCCAAGAAAGACUGAUCCGAAAAGCUGCUGGCCUCUCCCACUUCUUGUCUAACGAAGUGGCUGUUGCGCUGCCUUGCCAGAUGAUAUACCAGGUUUUCCAUGAAGCAGUGGGGAGAUUAAUCCAUAAUGGCACCCUUCUGGUUGCAGAGGAAGAUCAGGAAGAUCUGAGCCCCAGCCCGACAGAGGAACCCUGGCCAAAAAAAUAUCCGGAGCCUCUGUCCUGGAGGAGUGAUGAAGAGGAUGAAGAUAGUGACUUUGGAGAGGAGCAGAGAGACCGGUACCUCAAGGUGAGCUCAUUGCCGGAGCACCAGGAGUUCAUGACCUUCCUGCAGAGCAUUCUGGGUCCUGUAGUGGAGGCCUACAGUUCAGCUGCCAUCUUUGUCCACAGUUUGAGGGGCCCUGUUACAGAGAGGGAUUAUACCAACCAGCUGUUUAAGUACCUGAUAACAAGGACAGAGAAGAAAGUGGCUGCUUUUGGCGAGAGCGCCACCCACCAUCUUGUGAAAAAUACAGUGAAGACCUUUAAAGAACUUGGGGUGUUCAAAGAAAAGCGUGAAAACCAUGUGACCAUCUUGGAGCUGAGCAGUACCUUUCUACCUCAAGCUAACCGUAACAAGCUGCUGGAAUACAUCCUUCACUUCAGCGUGUUAUAAAACGAACCAUCUCCUGCACUGGCAAAGGGGCUUGUACUGGCUGUCAGACACAAGGUGCUAUUCUAGCUUUACCUGGAAGUGCCUUUAUGAAGUACUAAGAAAUAUUAGACUGUGUCAUGUACAGUUAUUAACACACAGCAAAUAUCAUGCUUUAAAUGCAAGCAAUCCUAUUAACACUGAUGCAUUCAUAGUUUGUCUUUGUGUUUAGUACAUUGGCCUGUGAAAGGCCUGUUCUGUGUUUUAUUUUUUUUUUUUUUUUUUUUUUUCUCAGCUCAGUACUUGAUAAUAACUUACUUGGUCACACACAGUCCUAAAAAUACAUACGGUUGCCUUUUGUAUAAAAAUAUGUAUAAGAAGGAACUGGGAAUACACUACAGUUAAUGUAAGGACAUUACAUUUCUCCAAGUGUGAAAGUAAAACUGGGGAUACACUGUUUAAAUUGCAGUUACAGCACAAUGCCCUUUUAAAUAAGAAGGCAGUGGUAGAUCAGAUGUAUUUGUAAAAAGAUUAUUGCAAUGUAAUCGGAUGGUUGUCUGAAAUGGAGCCUCUAAAAGCAUGUGCCUCUGGGACAAUGGAUACUUGAAUUAACAGUUCUCAUAUCUCUGAUAGAGAGAUAAUGAAUUCCCUUUUUAAUGUGUGUACCCCUUUCUGGCCUGAGUUACAUAUGCAAUUCAACACUGAGGUACAGUCAGUCAAAUUUAAGUAUUAAAAUGAAAAAAUAAAAAAACCUUAGCUAGGGUCAGACUAACAGUUGCUCUUGUGAAGAUUAACAGAGGCAACAUAUUAUUGAAACAACUUUCAGCAUUGUUUUCACACUGGUUAUAGUGGACAAGGCAUGAGAAUAUUGUUGCAGAAUACACAUUGUAAUACUUUACAGGAGAAGGAGGUGAUUAAGAGUGCUGGAGUGGCAGGCUUCAGAGCCCCGUGGUUGGGCAUGACUAUCUAGCAGAAUAGAUAGUGAUGACACUGGGGUAUCUAGCUGCCAUUGUCCUGGAUGGACAUCCUGAACUGUUUCUGUGCAUCAGAAUAGCUCUUGCUCUGUAUACAAAGCCUGCUUUUAGGAGCGCUGCACUAAAACAAACUAACACAUCAUACUGACUGCAGCAGAGCUUAGACAGAUGUACACUUCAGCAGCUGCCCGGGCCACUGUGACAUAACCUCCAAGCCUCGCAGGUGAAGUGCUGCAAAUGCUUUUUAAAACAGACACCUUCUGGUGCCAUUUUAACCAAAAGCCAUAUAACAUAAACUGUGAGAGCCUGUGUACAUACUGCUGUUUGAAUUUCAUAAGAUACAGUACGUAGAUCCUAAAAUGUUUUUAAAUUACAUGUUUUGCCAGUAUCAUGUGUUCUCUGUGUUAAGGGCAUCAAACUUGCAUCUCAAAAGUGCUGAGAAUAGUUCCUAAAUUCAAGAUGCAGUUUUUUUUGUUUGUUUUGUUUUUUGUUUGUUUUUUGGUGUAGAAGAAAGUAGGUUGUCUUGGUGUGCUUUUUGAAGGAUACACAACAGUUUUUAAUGUAUUUUCAGAAGUGCAGAUCAGUGGCUACCACUAAGGUACAUGCUUAGUAAUGACUGUAAAUUCUGUGUGUUGCAUUGUUGUCUUAAGUAUGUAAAACUGUACCAAGCUUGUUUACCUGUGUAGAAAAUCCAAUAGUCCAGUGUCUGUUGAAAAUCUUAAAUCGAGAAAAGGUACCUCUCUACUUGCUAACCCUGUUAUAUGUGAAGUCAAUGUAGGGGACAGUGCAUUCAGCUGACAUGUACAUUUGAUGUACGUGCUUUUUUUUUUUUUUUUUUUUUUUUUAAACCUACAACUAAAGUAGUUUACAGUAAAGAUAGCAAAAACCACAGAUCCCUUUUCCAUGCCAGUAUGAAAGUCACUGGAGCUAGGUAUGAGAUUGUGCACUUUCACAGAAAAACACGUUUGUAAAACUAGCCGUAAUUAAAAUGUGAGUGUGGUGAUCUGAUUUCCCGUUCAGCUUCAGUUUAAGACCGUUUAACACUUAUUGCUGGUUUGUAAUCUGCUGUGGUUUGUGUCUUGUUGUACUAAAGAUUUUUAAAACGAUAGCUCUGAUUGUUUUGUUUAGCCUCUGAUUUGAAUAUGAAUAGAGAUGACCUGAGGACAUUUUUACCCUGUGGGGCUUAUAAUAUUGCCUGUGAAAAGAUAUUGAAUUAUAUGAAAUUGCUUUGAGAAGCAAGAGCUCAUUAUUGAAACUUUUAAAAUUAAAUAAAAAAAUGUGAAUGUCAUUACUCUGUAAUAAUGCAAUAAUCAUAACUGCAGGAAUAUUUAUUGGGUCAAUACGUUUUUUUUAUGCAUGC